GAGCGCGUGGGCUACCUUGCUCAGCUCGGCCUUGACUAUGGCUGGGGCCCAACCUCCUUGUGCCAAUGGGUUCUCGAGCACCUACACAUCACGGCUGGCUUGCCCUGGUGGGGCGCCAUCGCAGGCUGCGCCGUCGCCAUCCGCAUAGUCAUGGCGUACCCAGCCCUCAUCGCGCAGUACGAGUCCGUCAAGUCGCGUGAGAUGCGCCAGAACCCUCUUUACAAGGAGACCCAGCAGAAGUACAUGAUGUCCAUGGCGCAGGGUGCCAAGAUGUCGCCAUCCGAGCUCAUGGAGAUGCGCAUGCAGAUGAAGCUGCUGCAGCAGCAGGCCGGCGUCAAGAUGUGGAAGAUGUUUCUGCCCAUGCUGCAGUUCCCCCUCGCCAUCGGCAUGUUCAAGUUGUGCCGUGGUAUGACAGCGCUGCCCGUCCCGGGCCUGGAGAGCGCGGGCACCCUGUGGUUCACCGACCUGACGGUGCCGGAUCCCUUCUACAUCCUGCCCUGCGUGAGCGCGGUCAUGAUGGUCUUCAGUAUGCAACGCGCCUUGCCCUUCAUGGCGGCCGAACAGGCCAACAUGAUGAAAAAGCUUCCCUGGAUUCUCGGCCCCAUUGGCAUUAUCGUGACGCUCAAGAUGGCCGCCGCGGUGCAGCUCUUCUUCGCCAUGGCAGCCCUCAUGCAGUAUAUCCAGACCACCCUCUGGCACAUGCCCAUCAUUCGCAGGCUGUGCGGCCUGCCACCGCUGGACAUCAUGAUAGAGAACGCAAACUAUCUGAAACAGUCUGGCCCCGUCCAGACGGGUCCUGGUGGCGUCCAGUACCAGCCACCUCGGACCAUCAAGACCACCGCGAGCGAGACGACGCCCGCCAAUAAACCCAAGGAGGCGAGCCCCCAGUUCGAGAAUCCGCUCACCUUUUUCCGUGAUAUGAGGCAAAAGAUGAGCGACAAGGUUAGCGAGUACCAGGCCAGUUCCGGCGUCACCGACGAGAAAAAGGCCGCCAACGAGUACGAGGCCAGGAGGAUGAGGGAGGAGAACGAGAAGUACUGGGCGAGGAGGGACGAGCAGAAGUGGAGGCAGGAGCAGAAGAAGAAUCAGAAGAAGAGGUGA